GGCGGAGCGGCAGGUAUGAGAUGGCGGCGAGAGCACCGGUGCCCAGCGGGCGGCGCGGCGGCAGUGAUGCCAUUUGCAAUUUUGUCAUUUGCAAUGACUCCUCCCUCCGUAGCCAGCCGAUCAUCUUCAAUCCUGACUUCUUCGUGGAAAAGCUGCGCCAUGAAAAACCAGAGGUGUUCACAGAGCUCGUUGUCAGCAACAUUACCAGGCUCAUUGACUUGCCUGGGGCAGAGCUGGCCCAGCUUAUGGGAGAGGAGGACCCAAAGCUGCCUGGGGCAAACAGCACAGCCUCUGGAUUUUUUCGUUCUCUGAUGUCUCUGAAGCGCAAGGAGAAAGGGGUGGUGUUUGGCUCGCCACUGACAGAAGAAGGCAUCGCACAGGUCUCCCAGCUAAUUGAGUACCUGCACAAAAAUCUAAGAGCAGAAGGCUUGUUUCGGGUGCCAGGCAACAGCAUCAGGCAACAGAUCCUAAAGGAUGCUCUGAACAGUGGUACUGAUAUUGACCUGGACUCUGGGGAGUUUCAUUCCAACGAUGUGGCCACCCUGCUUAAGAUGUUCCUGGGUGAAUUGCCAGAGCCCCUGCUGACACACAAGCACUUCCAUGCCCACCUCAAAAUUGCAGACUUGACACUGUUUGAUGAGAAGGGGAAUAAGACCAGCAUGCCAGACAAAGAGCGUCAAAUCGAAGCCCUGCAGCUGCUGUUUUUGAUCCUUCCCGCACCCAACCGCAGUCUGCUCAAACUGCUGCUGGACUUGCUCUACCAGACCGCCAAGAAGCAGGACAAGAACAAGAUGUCUGCCCACAAUCUUGCCCUCAUGUUUGCACCCCACAUCUUAUGGCCCAGAAAUGUGACAGCAAAUGACCUUCAGGAGAAUAUCACGAAGCUAAACAAUGGAGUGACCUUCAUGAUCAAACACUCUCAGAAACUCUUCAAGGCGCCAGUGUACAUCCGGGAGUGUGCCAGGCUGCAUUACCUGGGAUCCAGAGCCCACACAUCAAAGGAUGACCUGGAUUUGCUCACAUCUCCUGGCUCCAAGGAGUUGCAGCCCCUCAAGUCUCAGAAGCGGAGCCGACUGGACACUUGCCAUCAGGAGGAGACCCAGCAGCGCACAGAGGAGGCACUGAAGGAGCUCUUCCGCCAUGUCCACAAUAUGCCUGACUCCGCAAAGAAGAAGAAGCUCAUCCGGCAGUUUAAUAAGCAUCCUACAGCUCUCACUCCUGGCUCUGAUGUACCCACAUCCCCAGCACCACGACGCACCCGCUCGCGCUCCUUCAGCGGCCUCAUUAAGCGGAAAGUUUUGGGAACCCCAGUUAUCCUGGAGAGGAAGAGCAGGGAUGCCACGCCGGAGCCUGAGCGAGUCAGCAAAGAGAAUGUCCACCUGUUACAGAAAUGUGGAUCUCCAGCUCACAUGUCCCAAGUGAAGCUGAAAUCUCUGGAGGGCCGGAAAGAGGAAUCCUGUAGACGCAUGCGAGCACACCUGCUUUCCAAGGAUUCAUCAUCCCUCUGAACCGCCUCGCACCAGUGCAUGGGUGGGGAAUGCCCAGCCUCACAAGCUGUGAAUAUUGUGCUGCACCGAGAGGGAGGGGAGUGCUGCAGGCUCACGGCAACCCUCACCAACACGGCAGCGCUCUUGAAACUGGACCUUUGCAAAGACUGCAGGGACUUGUUUCUUUCUGUAUAUAAAUUAUAUUUCAUUCUACUAUGGGGCAAACCACUAUCUAACCAAAACUUGUGCAGCAUGUCUGACCUGCUGGCUCUGGGAAGAGCUGGAGUGCUUGCUUACAAGGAGAGCCCUGUGCAUUGCAGGGCCCUGUGCGCACUCCCAGCUUUCUGUGCAACGUUGCUAGGCUGUAUCUUUUGCUUUUGUGCUCUGAGUUUUUAACACAUUGGCUUCUUUUUGCUCCCUCCCCUCUGUGAGCAGUGAGAACGAUAGACUCCAACCUUCAUUCGUAUCCUGACAGCUAACCUUAUGCCCAGGCCUCUUCUGGAGCCAUGGCCUCUUCUGCUUCCUCUGGGCUCCGUUUUGCCCUGCUCUCCCCAAAAAGGGCUGGAGUGCACAAAUGGUGCAGAGCACAGGAUGGGCCUGGGAGAAAAGGAGAGGUUCUGGGUGCUAUCAUUUCAAGUGGGGCCAGGGGAAAGCAGCUUCCCCAAUAAAUUCAUCCCUCUGUUUCAGCUUGAGCUGGAGGGCAGCUCUUGCUCACUGCCUUCACAUUUCUGUGGCUUUGGUUCAAGAUAUCUGGAUGCCUGGUCAGGCAACUGGGUGAUUAGUCAUUAAACUGGGGAAAAGGGCUGGAGCUGGGUUCAGCUGUUAGGCCUGAGCUGCAGAAAUGAGAUGAAACCAUCUAGAUAUGGGAUAAACCCCCAUCACAGCUGGCCAGUGUCAGCUGUCUUGUUAAGCUAAAAUGCUCCUGUAAGCCAAUCUUGCCAAGUACCUGUCUGCAAGCACUCUGGGGUAGGAAACACACAGGGUCACUACUGUGAAAUAAAGAUUUAAUCAGCUGGGGAACCAUCUAAACACUUCUCAGCCCUUCUCAGUGAAGCAAAUAAUCUCUGGAAUCCAAUUAUAAUUGUCUUCUAAUCUUUAAGAACCAGCAACUGGCAGGAGUUAGAGCUCUGUCCUUGACAGCUUUCUGAGACAACUGGUGGCAGGAGGUGUGAAUAUUGGGAUGUGAGCAGGGAGUUCAGUCCGACUGGCUAGAGCUGUCAAAACAGCUUCUGAGCCCUGUGCAGCUUAGCUGGAAUUUGUCACUUUUUUAACUGUGACUUUUUUUAGAUACAAAGCUAUGUGCCUCAUGCUGCUUUGUCCAAAGGGAUAUUCCUGAUACUUUAUUGGGUGUGCUUGUCCCCAGUCUGACCCCAAACUGGAGGAACAGCUUUGAAAAUGUAGGGGGUAGCGGGACUGUAGAUGUGUGAGUUGAGAGUUGCUGGUGUUAGGAGCCUCUGUUGCAGCAAAAAAAGACCUCUGGUUCUUCAGGGACUGGGCAGGCGAGGAUGCUGUGAGGCAGGGCAGAGGCUGUUUGCUGCGGUAGUAGUAUGUGCUUUUUGGAUGUGUCUGUAAUCGUUCCCUCCGGAGGCUGAAGCUGUCUAUGUGCUCUUCUCUAAGGGCAUGGCAUGUUUUGCUGACUGCACUUCUACCCUGCCCCUGCAGUCUGCUGUUAGCAGAGACCUGGGGAUCUCGGCUUUGCCUCUGAGCAGGGAUGAGGCAGAGCCGAAGGUCAAGCAGCAGCACAGGGAGAGCUGAAUGUGGUCCUGCUACCUCUGCUCUUGCCUGCAUCAGGGGCAGUUGCUGGGUGAAGCAUUUGUUCAUCCCAUCCCUCUCUCCAUUGCCCCUAGCUUACUUGGGGAGAUAUCUCUGUAUGGGUGUUGGCUUGGCAAGGCAAUCUUGUUCCUAAGACUAAAUACACUGCUCCUGUAUAGAUGAAAGUAACUUUUCUUACUGAUGGCUCUCGCUCAGGGACUCUGGCUUCUGGCACAGCUCAGAUUUGCUUAGCUCUGAGAAAAAUUAUCUAUGGGGCAUUAGCCCAGCAUUCUGCAUGUCUCAGAAGCCUUCCCUGCCAAAGGAGUGGGUGCAGUCUCCAGACAGCAGUCCCAGGAGGGGUUCGGUGCCCUGGGCUGUCCUCCCUAUGCAGAGGAUGGUGAUGGCUAAUGGAUUCAUCCUCUAGGACCCUUGGCUGUUGCAGUCCCAAUGUGUUCACACUGUCUCACAGGCAAGGGGGAGUUUUAGUCAUGCUUGGAUGUGUCUCAUUUGUCUGCCCUGUACAAUGACUCACAAGGAUGCUUCCUCCCAGAGCAGCCACUAACUGUUCCCAGAGUCUUGUCAUUUCCAAAGUAUUUCUAAUCUUUGUUCUUAUUUAUAUAUGCUAUGUAUCUGCUGUUUCAGACUGCUGCCUUUCUGUGUGUUCAUGUGAAAACCCCAUAUUAAAUGCUUUUAUUUU